CCUAAAAGGAUCCGAGGAAUCAACACAUUGGGGCGUGGCUUGCACUAUCAUUGCUCACCAUCAGAAAACGAUGGAAAAAUCCCUUCUGUUUCUUUUUGCGGUUACCCUGUUGUCUGUAGGAUGCACAGAUGCAGGAGAAAGCAAAGGAUCCAUACACAAGGAAAAAGAAAGGUCAAAGAGACAAGCUCUAAAACAUCUGACUGUCACUACUAUCAUGGAGCAGCCUUUCUCAAUGAAGUCUGAAUCAGGAAUGGAAGGUUUCUGCAUAGAUUUGCUGUCUGAACUUUCUCAAAGCCUUGGCUUUAAUUACACCAUAAAAGAAGUGAAGGAUGGGCGAUACGGUGCCAAAGACCAAGACGGAAACUGGAAUGGGAUGGUUGGAGAGGUGUUAAGAAAGGAAGUUGAUUUGGCAGUAGCUCCUUUAACAAUUACUGCCAACCGGGAAAGAGAACUUGCCUUUACAAAGCCGUUCAUGCAAACUGGUAUCAGUAUCCUACUGAGGAAGGAGGAUGCUUCUGAGAACUCGUUUCUCUUUGGCUUUUUAACUCCCUUCAGUAAAGAAACUUGGAUAGGAAUUCUAGUUGCCUACAUGGUCACAAGCCUCUGUCUUUUUCUUGUUGGCAGAUUAAGCCCUUGUGAAUGGACUGAACUGUCAACCGAACAGAAUAACUUUACCUUCCUGAAUAGCCUUUGGUUUGGAGCUGGUGCUUUCACAUUACAAGGUGCAGAACCACACCCAAAAUCAGUUUCUGCCCGAAUUAUAGCAGUCAUCUGGUGGAUAUUUUCCAUAGUGCUGGUUGCUGCAUACAUUGCAAGCUUUGCUGCUUUUUUAAACUCUGACAGUGUGCAAACUACAAACAUUCAGACAUUUGAAGACUUAGUCAACCAAAGAACUCUUGAGUUUGGAACUAUCAACAGCUCUUCCACAUUCCAGUUCUUUAAGAAUUCCAAGAACCCAACAUACCGAAUGAUUUAUGAAUACAUGGAUAAAAGAAAAGAUGAACUUCUUGUGAAAUCAUUUGCGGAGGGUGUACGUCGGGUUCGAGAGUCAAACUAUGCCUUCCUUGGCGAGUCUGUUAUGCAAGACAUCAUGGUAGCAAAGCACUGUGAACUUGCCAGGGCCCCUCAGAUCAUUGCAGGCAGAGGAUAUGGUAUUGCUGCUUCAAUAGACUCUCAACUUAUCAAACAAUUAAGUAUUGCCAUUUUGGAACAAACCGAGUCAGGGAAUAUUGAGUACCUAAGGAAAAAGUGGUGGGACAACACCUGCUCCAUGAAACGCAGUGCUGGAUGGAACCCAGUGCAGCCACAUACCCUGGGAGGAAUAUUUCUCAUUCUUGGUAUUGGUUUGGCUUUGGGAGUUAUAGCAGCUUUGAUUGAGCUUGUGUUAAAAGCCAGGAACAAUGCAGAUCAGCAAAAGAAGUCUUGCUGUUCUGCUUUCUCCGAGGAAAUGGGAGAGCGUCUUGGAACAAAUAAAGAAAACCAGGGAGCAGUGGACAGUGUGAAAUCAUAAGAAGAUUCUGUUGCAGAAAGGAUCAACUUCAUGAUUUUUUUUUUAGCUUUACUACUUAUGUGCUUUGCUGUACUAGUGAGCUGUUAAGUAUGCAUGACUGUAUUGUUUUAAGAGAAAUACAUUCCAUGGGUGGAAUUUGUCAGAGAUCUUUCUGAUCAAUAGGCAUAGUUAUACUAAACUUGUACUUAUCUUAAUCUUCCCAGGACAAAUCCCUGGAUGCCAAUUAUAAAUUGCUUUGUAUACACUGAACAUUGUCCUCCUACAUUUGUUUGAUCAGUCCAGCAACCUACAACCAUUAUCUUCCUAAUUUUUACAGUACAACUGAAGGGAUUGUAAAUGAACAAAGUCUUGCAUCCCUUUAUUUGAAUUAAGGGAUACAUUUUUCAUUGCAAGUGUGCAGGGAAUAAAGCAGGAAAGAGGAGGGUACAAAGUCAAUGCACACGGUACAUGGGAAAUUAACAUUUUUAACAUCAGAAUUAUCAAAGUUGUGGGAUUCCAGCUAUUGUAGUAGUACCUCCAGCUUUAACUUUAGUCUGAAAGCCACUGGUUCAACAUUGCUGAUGUAAUCAGGAUGUAUCAGUUAAUGACAAAUGUGUUUUGUAACUUCUAUGAGGUCUGGCAACAAACUACCUUAAAUGAGGCCUUUAGAUGUAACUUCCUAUUUGACAAGUUACCUUGUCUUGUUUAUCUUGUUGCUAUCCAAACCUUCCAUAAGUUAGGGCAUUUACAUAAAGGACUUAAUGUAGCAGCACAAGAAGAAUUUUAGAGUGCCAAAUUAAACCCUG